AUGCUCAAAGAUAACGUUUUGGUCAACGGUGUGGAGAUGAUGGCUUGGCUUAGCUUUGCGUCUGGAACAUUUUGUCAUCUACUUCUCUACGAGAUGAGCAUGAACAUCGGACUUGCCGUCCUGCGAGUGUAUUAUUAUGGUGCGACAUAUACUACAAUCGUCAUAUCUAACACUCAAAUAAGUGUCAAUCAUCUUCGGUGUCUUCCACCCCGGGCUGUUCUUUAUGCGGGAAGCGACCAGCCAGUCGAAAUUCAAGGACUUUCUCCAUCAGACACACGCUUCAAAAUUCUCGAUUUCAUUGGAGAUGUGUAUACAUCAGCUGCGUCCGAGCGGGUCAAACGGUUCGCCGAGCAGAACACUUCGUCAUUCGCGAUUCGCGACCAUCGCGACAAGGAGUUCGACUUCUUGUGCAUCCUCAUGGGGAGAAAGAGACGUCCGAGUAUUUCGACGUUCCGGCUGUUCUAA